GAGUUAAAACGACUCAUCGUGAAGGUUCAGCUUGGACUGAUGUUUCGCAGACGAUUUUUGUUUUACGUGGCCAUGAUAUGUUGCCUUUUAUAUGGUUGGGUUUAUUUAACUAGACACCAAUCAAAGAGUUUGCAAGAGACGGCUCAUAAAAAUACCUUGUCAAGUAUUGACGAUUCUUCAGACCAGUUAGAAAUAAGUGAUUUAAUUCGGCUGCAACCAGUACAAGGUUUUCAGCUUGCACCUCAUAAUGGUUUGGUGGAGUAUUUGCAACCAGCUUUGUGCGAAGUAGUUCCUGCCAGUUUGAUUCUCUACAACCGUAUAUUCAAAACAGGAAGCGAGACCUUGAGCUUUCACUUUAAACUGGCAGCUGGAAUGAAGAAUUACCGAUAUAUCAGACGUAAGCCUUAUGCUUAAAAAACUAAGGGAUAAGUACUGGAAGACAGGGUUUUUGCUCUGGGGGUUAACUUCAUGUAAGCCUGAAUUCAACCUCGUCCCCAGGGCGCUUUUCACUGGCCUUGGAAAGCCAGGGAAAAGCGCCCUGGGUACGAGGUUGGCCUGAAUGGUUAAAUACUCUCAUAAGAUUAGCCAACAUAGCUGUUGUAACCGAAGGGAUUAGAGAAAUUUAGAAUCAGGUUUAGGGCAAACAGUAAACGUCAGGUGCCAGUUGACAAUAAUCAUCAGAUAAAAACUGUCCGAACUAAUUCUUAUCGGAUGAAAAUGGUUUGAAUCUACUAAUUUUUUUUGUAAGAAUCUGAUAACCAGUAGACAACGACAGGACAGAGAAAACUUGAUCACGUGGUACAAAUUCCGUAUUUUUUUGAAACGGAAAUUUUUUCUUCGAUUUGGCCUACCGUCCACACUUGUAAUCGCUCUCCAGAGUGAAGAGUUUUGAAAACGCUGGCUUCUCGUUUACGUGUGGACGUACGAAUACGAAAACGGAAGUUUUCGAAUACGAUGAUGUCAUUUAUGAUGUCAUACAUUACUAACAUUACGCAUGCUCCGUUAGGAAUGCUAUCUUAUUUCAGUUGAACGGGCAAAACGAUUCAGAUACAUUACCUGUGGUGGACGCGUAUAUUUUUGAAAACGGAGGAAAACAUCUCCCCCUGAUCAUGGAUACGUUUGGAUGGGUUCUAAAUCUCUAUGUUAGCAGGCGAAUCGCUCCGUACGCGAAAAUUCCUUGUGGCUUCUCCAUCGCCAAGGAAGUCCGGGCGCAUGUGAAAGUUACGCCCCUGGGAAGGCAAGAUUCCAUGCAAAGCAUUGGCAUCGCAGAAGCUUACAUUUCGCUAUUCCUGCGCGAUCUGCAUUAGCUGCCAGAAGGCAUCGCUGCUUUCGUUCUUAAGCUAAGAACAGCUUAAGGUCACGGUAAAACGUGCAACAAAAAUGUGCAACCUGUUUCGAAACGUUGCUGCAAAACAGGUUGAGGAGCCACAUUACGCGUUUUACCACUCACGUUUAAACCUGUCUUGCAGCAAAUCAGAUUUGUUGAAAUUUGCGUGAAUACUGACUUCUGACUGGAUACACGCCAUACACUGGAAUUACGUCACUUGUUUGCCCUGGGGUCCGUUUCUCUAAAGUCUCGGUAACUUUUCUGGCCCGAAAUCAAAUAUUCAAAUCGAAAUGUAAAGAAUAAGAGUUUUGGGUCCUAAAGUGAUAAAACUAUCAGUUUUGAAACAAAAUGGAUAGUUUUAUUGCGUAAGAUGCAAAAUUCUUUAAAUUUAGAUUUGAAUGUUUGAUUUCGGGCCCGAAAAGUAAUCGGGACUUUUGAUAAACGGGCCUCUGGGCCGGUAAAACGCGCACCUUGUUGCAAAAAGUAAAACUACCCUCUACUUUCUGCAACAACUUUUUGCAACCUGAAACAACCUGAUUUGUUGAGAGACCCGCUGGAACGUGGGUGGUAUAACGAGCAACAUCUCUUUUCAACUCCUUCUGCAGCAAUGUUUCAAAACGAGUUGUAUGAGUUGCUUUUGUUGCCCGUUUUAUCGUACCUUAAGCAAUUCACAGCCUUGCGCCUUAAUAUCGAAGUGCUGUGUUAAGUCGUUUUCAUAUCACCCUCUUGUACCCAGACGGAUGAAAAUGUGCGCGAACUUGGGAGGGAGACAACGGGCGAGACUGGCUGCGGCUCAUCACCAGUCACUCGCGUUUCUCAUCCGAUUUCGAAAAGGAGGACGACCCCUUGGGAGGCACCUCUCAUUUUUGAGGGAGGUUGAAGGUUAUGUUGACGAAUUUUUACUGCUUGUAUUUUCGUAGAUACUACUGAGGAUUUCUAUGACAAGGGAAUAAAGGAGCCAUAUCCAGAGGCUAUUGAAGAGCUAGCGACUAGCAGUCGCCAGCAAAUGUUUUUCAAUUCUCAUUUUUACUUUAGAAAAUAUUUAAAAAUUUCACGAGUACACACUUACAUCAACCAAGUCCGUGAACCAGUGGCUAGGUUCAUAUCUCAUUACGCUUAUAUGCACAAUAAGCGACAUCGACCGCCAGGGCGAGUACAAGAAAUGAUUGACAGUGGGGAAUGGAACGACACUAUCGAACAAUGCUUUCACAAGGAAGGUCAGGGAUGUAAACAUAAUGUAAUGACGCGGUUUUUUUGCGGCCCUGAACUCUUCUGCAAGAACAAUCUAACCAAAGCCCUCGAAAAUGCUAAACUUAACAUUGUUAAUCAUUAUGCUGUAGUAGGAUUGCUUGAACAUUUUCAUCUUACUUUGAAGAUUAUACAAAAGCGUUUGCCCUGUUUUCUGCCGGUGAUUCCUACAGAUCCGAGUUUUAAACUUAACCAAGCAACAACGAACACAAAGACGUCUGUGAGCGAAGACAUGAUUGAGAAGAUAAAGGGAUCAAAUUGGGCCGAUAUUAAAUUGUACGAGUUUAUCAAACAGGUAUUUUGGAACCAAGUGAAGGCGUGCAAAAUACCUGAAGUACACUAG